ACUGGCGGAAAGUACAGGAGAUGACCAGAGACCUCGCGGUCAGUACAAGGGAUGACCAGAGACUGCGGACACAGUAGUACAGGAUGACCAGAGACUGCGGACCUAGUACAGGUGAUGACCAGAGACUGCGGACACAGUACAGGGAUGACCAGAGACUGCGGACAGCACAGAGAUGACCAGAGACUGCGGAACAGCACAGAGAUGACCAGAGACUGCGGGACAGCACAGGGAUAUGACCAGAGACUGCGACAGUACAGGGAUGACUGGCUGACCUUUGGGGAGGGAGGGGGGGGGGAGGUACCUGAAUUUGACAGGUACCCGCUCUCCGACUUCCGCAGAUGUUUUUUUUCAUCUUACUAUGGCCUGUUCCUUAAUCCAGCCCCGCGCGCUGUCUUCCCCCCGGCUCUGUAGUGUGGCGCUCCAUUCGUCGACACAGCCGGAUGCCCAGUGCGCAUGAGUCGAGCGCUCGACAAGCGCUGCGCUUUGUGAUUGGUCCGGCGGCUUCUGUGAUCUGUCAUGGUGUCC